GCGGCUCGAAUUACAUUGGGGGUGCUUGGGGGGGGAAUGACACCCACUGGAGUGAAGGAGGAGGAGGAGGAGGAGGGCAGAGGAGUGUGGAGACGUAAGGAGGAGAAAAAACCGAGUAAACCUGACAAAGCGUCUGAGGAGCGGAGCGAGGACUGAGGGCAGCAGCAGCAGGAGCAGCAGCAGGAGGAGCGCGGACAGACACGGAGGAGGAGAAAGACGGAGCCACUGAUGGAUUUUACGACUCCUGGCACCGGACAAGUUUCCUCUCGGACCUUUUAACCCUCUUUCAGGGUCUUUGGGAGUCUUUGCGAGUCUUUCAGGGUCUCCAGAAGCUGCAAACUUCCUCCGGGGCUGUCAGCUAUGAUCUGCGCCCUGGAACAAACUUGGUGACGGGGAGGAAAGUUUCGGGGGGACAGCUCUGCGCUUUUCCGAGCUCUCUUUGGAGGAUAACGCGGAUUUCUGUGCAUGGCACUGGAGCACGCUGCCUUUCGGGGCUGGAUUAUAAUCUCGAAUCCGAGUUUUGGCCGCUGGUUGUGGAAUAAGUGAGAGGAGAGACGGCAGGCAGCGCCUCGCAGAUUUUUUUGCUGCAUUGUGGAGUUGGAGACAUUCCUCCCUGUGGAUUCAGCUCAUGCUCUCUCCUCCCUUCUCCGUGCAUGCCAAAACAGAGAUCUGCACGGUUCCAGUCCUCCCUGGUAAGUUUUUUCUUUUUUUUCUGUUUACGCCUAAAAAUCCUCAAAACCUCAAAACCUCAUCAGGCAGAGACUCUGCUGUCACGACCAACAGGCGAGGAGGAGGAGGAGGAGGAGGAGGAGGACGAGGAAAAGCUCUGCGCUUUUCGGGGAAAGGAGAACCAGAGUCCGACCGAGCAGGGCUGCACGAUCAGAAUAAAGAACCGCGAUUAUUUUAAUCAUGAUCGGGAUCGCGAUUAUUUUGAUAAUGAUCGGAGUCGCGAUUAUUUAUCAGUUAUCGAUCUGAAAGGCGUUUUAAAGGAUUUCUUUAUUGAAACAUCAUUGAUGUUUUUCUUACUGACAGGGCCGGACUGAGGCUUCGGAAACUCUGCUUUGGUUUUCAGUCCCCAUGCUCACUCCAUCCCUCUGUUUUACUAACACACACCUCUUCAUCCUCUGCUGCAGAGGGUUUUUUUCUGCAUUAUCAAUCUUUAAUUGUUCAGAUGUGUCAAUCAUAAAUCAGAUCCAGUCGUCCUGAUAUAAAAACAGGAGCUGUGAUAUUUGGGAGAAUUAAAAAACAAACAAACAAACAAACAAACAAACAAAGAAACGGCUGCAGAAAAAGAGGAAAGUUAUUAAAUCUGACAAUUUAGCUUUAAACAGGAAAAUACAAAUCAAAGUCAAAGAUCCUGACCUGUGGAGUUUUCUAAAAGUUUAAACACUGAUCAUGUUUCUCUGAUCCGAGAGGAACACAGUUUAAAAAAAGAUGACUAUUUUUACUGUAAUAAAUUUAUUCAUGGGACCACUUUAAACAGAUCUUUGUGUUCGUGCUUCGACAGACAAACGUAGAAACUGAGGCUGAUGCAGAUCGAGUGAAUAUGAAGCAGAGACUCUUCUGAUGAGUAAACUUUAGAGAAUAAAUCAAAUAAACUUAGUCAAAUAAAUAAAUAAAACAAACUUAAACUUCAUGAGAUAAACUUAACUUAAACUCUAUAAAAUAAAUAAAUAAAAUAACUUAAACUCUACAGAAUAAAUGAAUUAAAGUUAAACUUUAUAAAAUGAAUUAAACUUGAACUCUAUAGAAUAAAUAAAUUAAACUUUAUAGAAUAAAUUAAAGUUAAACUUGAGUCCCCUGAUGAAGUAUCUUUCCGACCCUCCGCCUCGGCUCCUCCUGAUCUCUCGCUCCUGUUUGUUUUCGGCCGUGGUCGCUCACAGCACCUUGCAUCAUCACUUCAGAGCCCAUUAACAAGUGUCCUGGUUAUUUAUUACUGGGCUUCAUUUUCUACAUGGCCUUUAUGGGGCCAAUUAUCCCGUGACCGCAGUUGUUUUUUCUCUGCUUGGUGCCGAGGCCCUAAAUCACUGAGGGGCUCCAAACGAGCCCCCAUCACCGAGAAGCCAACUCAUUUCAAUGUCAAUAGAUUCAAUCAGAGCCAAGUCAUUUCAUUCAGAGUCUGUGAAUGGAGACUCAUGGUCCACAUGUCAGGGCUGCAGAGAGAGUCCGGUCCAGAGAGCACGCUGGAAACUGCUUUCUCUUCAGGUUUUAGUUUUUUUGAGUCUUUUUGAUUUUAAAGAAGUUUCUUAUGAAGAGUUUUAGAGACCAGAACCCUGAGAUGAUGUUUAGAAACCUGACUGUGGCCCAGAUGGGUUUAUAUUCAUUCACAACUCAACAACGAAGAACCGAGUCGACACACAGAGCCGUGUUUUUGAGUCCUCACCUCCAGGGAGAAAAGUGUAGUUUGGUUUUUUUUCUGAGCUCUUUAGAGUUGAUGAAUUCAGCUCCUGACAAAACUCUGUUUUUGUUCUUCAUCAGUUAUUUUCUGCAGAGUCGAGGA